CACGGUGUUUGGUCGGUCUUCCGUGGGACUGGAAAGAUGAGCGAUAAGCGAAUAUCCGUCCACGACGAAAGCACGAACACCAAGACAGGAGAAGCAAGAACACAGCGCCGAACAUGAAAGUUUGCAUCGUUGGGGCAGGAAUCAGCGGCCUGACGAGCGCAAAGAUCUUGCGCGAGCUGGGUCACGAUGUCGUCGUCUUCGAAAAGGGAUCUGACAUCGGCGGCGUGUGGGGCGCCUCGAAGCGGUACCCAGGGCUGGCCACCCAGAACACCAAGGAUACGUACUGCCUCAGUGACAUGCCUAUGCCCAAAAGCUACCCUGAGUGGCCGGCAGGUGUUCAGGUGCAAGCGUACCUCGAAGCCUACGCGGGCAAGCACAAUCUUCACGAGGCUAUUCACCUCGACUGCGAAGUCAUCGAGAUGAAGAGACCAGCUGGCAGCAAACGUGGGUGGCUCAUAAAGACGGGCGACGGCAACGAGACAAAGGCGGAUCACGUUGUCAUCUGCAACGGAAUUUUCAGCGACGGUGCCAUUCCGGACUACGACGGUACGGCAGACUUCAAGGCCAAGGGGGGCAAGGUCUUGCAUACGUCGCAGAUUGGCGACUUGGACCAGGUCAAGGGCAAAGCUGUUAUCGUAGUUGGGUACGGGAAGUCGGCCUGUGACUUGGCACAUGCCGUUUCCGAACCUGGAGGUGCUUCGCAAACGACCGUCGUGGCGCGCCGCCUAAUUUGGAAGUUGCCCCGUCGGAUCCGAGGCUUGGGCUACAAGUGGCUUCUGCUCACCCGCUUCGGUGAGGCCCUCUUCGAGUACAUCAACCCGUCGAGCUUCAUCGAACGCUUCUUGCACCACAACCGUGUCGGGCGAGGAAUGCGCAACGCCAUCGUCGGUGCCUUGGGCUAUGUUGUAAAGGGCCAGCUUCGGCUCGAAACGCUGGGUCUACUGCCUGAGGGCGCAUUCGACACAAUCGCUAGGAGUACCAUCAGCUUGAGCACAGAGGGCUUCUACGACAAGGUGGCUAGGAAGCAGAUUGACGUUCGCAAAGACGUACGCAUCACACGCGUGGGCACAAGCGACAAGAGUGACAAGCAGCAGCAGCAGCUCGGCGCCACGCUGAGCGAUGGUUCCUUUGUACCUGGAGAUAUCAUCGCUUGCGGUACCGGAUUCCGACAGCAGACUCCAGCGUUCCUCCCUGAGAAGGACCAGGCAACUUUAAUAGACGAAAAGAGCCACUGGCUCCUCUACCGCCAUAUCAAGCCUCUGUACGUCGAAGACCUCACGUUCAACGGGUACAACUCCAGCCUGUUCUGCCCUACGAGCUCGGAAUCAGCCGCCCUUUGGAUCGGUGCCUACCUGUCCAAGGGCGACGCAAUGUUGCCAAAGCUUGAAGAGCAGGUUCGAGCAACCAAGGAGAAGCUGGCCUGGCUCGACAAACGAUCGAUGGGCAAACACGCCAGCGGCACCAAUCUUGUCCCCUUUUCGCUUCACUCCAUCGACGAUACCCUCAACGACAUCGGCCUCAACAUUGGGCCAUUUGCCAGACUUAAGCAGUGGCUCCUCCCCGUCGAUCCAACGGCGUACCGACACUUGCCGUCCCGGCUCAAAAGCAAGCUGUCUCAAGCAUGACCAGAAUCCAUGUCACUAUAGGUCUUUCUCGAAAUAUCUUCUUGUCUGCUU